AUGCGAGAGGCACGGUUCAGGGACCACUUCUGGAGUACGGAUCUGACAAGCACGGCUGGCUAUGACAGCAUCAUUCAACAUCUGAAUGAUGGCAGGAAGAACUGCAAAGAGUUUGAAGAUUUUCUGAAGGAAAGGGCAAUUAUAGAAGAAAAAUACGGCAAAGAGCUCAUUAACUUGUCAAAGAGGAAGCCCUGUGGGCAGACGGAGCUGAACACGCUGAAGAGAUCCCUGGACGUCUUCAAGCAGCAGAUAGACAAUGUGGGACAAGGUCACAUCCAGCUGGCACAAACUCUUCGGGAGGAAGCAAAGAAAAUGGAGGACUUCAGGGAAAAGCAAAAGCUGCAUCGGAAAAAGGUAGAGCUGAUAAUGGAAGCAAUUCACAAAAACCGGAAUUUGCAGUACAAGAAGACCAUGGAGUCCAAGCGUCUCUACGAGCAGCGCUGCAGAGAUAAGGACGAGGCGGAGCAGGCUGUGCACCGCAAUGCAAACCUGGUAACGCAGAAGCAGCAGGAGAAGUUGUUCCUGAAGCUGGCUCAGACAAAAUCAGCUCUGGAGGAUUCUGACAGGAGUUACCAGCAGAGCAUUACCACAUUGGAGAAGAUCCGGGAAGAAUGGCAGAAAGAGCACAUCAAGGCCUGUGAGUUCUUUGAGGCUCAGGAGUGUGAGAGGAUCAACUACUUCCGCAACGCUCUCUGGCUUCACGUUAACCAGCUCUCCCAGGACUGCGUCCAGAAUGAUGAGAAAUACGAGGAAAUCCGCAAGAGUUUAGAAAAUUGCAGCAUUGAGAAGGAUGUUGAUUUUUUUGUAAAUUUACGCAAAACUGGAAGUUUGGCUCCGGCUCCUGUUGUUUAUGAAAACUACUAUAAUGCACAGAGAAAUGCAACUCCUGUGAGAAGUCCGGUUCCUGUACCUAUAUCAAGGAGGGGACCUCUACCCACUCCAACCAGUGCUCCAGGUGAGCCCAACUAUGCCACAAUUGAUGGCUACAGCUUGAUACAUCACUAA